UUGCAAUGUCGAGCCUCAAGAUGAAGUACAUGCCGUGUUUCCUGGUUUCAUUUAUUAUUGCCAACCAACUUCCCUAUGGACUCACCUUAUUACUUGAACCCAAUUGUGGCCAAAAAGCGUUUCAAAUGCGCAUUUUAGGCGGACAGGAUGCUGUGCUAAGCUCAACACCAUGGAUGGCUUUUCUGCACAAUCACUUGCAGUUCGUGUGCGGCGGAUCACUUAUUACGAGAGAAUUCGUGCUCACCGCUGCGCAUUGUGUGAUGCCCACUCCCAAAAGCUUAAUGGUUCGACUCGGAGAGUAUGAUUUGACCAGACAAUGGGAUUGCAUUAAUGACGUAUGUGCCCCGAAGUACAGGGAAUACAUGGUAACUAGGAUCUACACGCACCCCAGUUAUAGAUCGAUUGCAGCCUAUGAUUUAGCAUUACUGAAACUGAAUCAGUCAGUUGAAUAUACAGGUGCCAUUCGUCCAAUAUGCUUGGUAUUGCCUGAAAAAUUCCACGAAUGGUAUCGGUUUGUGGAUUCUGUUAAGGAAUUCACUCUUACCGGCUGGGGUGUGACCGAAACUGAACCUGUUAGCCAUGUACUCCAAACCGCCAAUCUCACCCAGAUCAAUCGGGGAAACUGCCACGACCAGCACGGAUAUUCCGUCGAUCACACCCACAUCUGUGCCGGAAGUAGCGAUUCAUUUGCCUGCGUCGGGGACUCUGGCAGCCCACUUGGAAUGAAGGUGGAGCACAAUGGAAGAAACGUCUACGCUCAAGUGGGGAUUGUUAGCCGUGGGCCCAAGCAUUGUGAUGGGGUUACCGUCUUCACAAACGUUGUAAGCUUCACCGAGUGGAUUUUCAGAACCAUUUUAUACGACGAGAAAUACAUGUCCUAAACAGAACACAUGUCCUAGUGCCAGCACAACUAUUUAACUUUAAACUAUUAAAUAUACACCUAAAAUUAAUGUGUAUUUCGUAAUUUUUCGAUUGAAAUGACAAUGCCUUUCAGUGUUAUUAAAUUUGUUUUUCAAUGCCAUAACUUUAAA